AAGAAAAUGAAGCUUUUGCCUAUCUUGCAAAGCCUACUGAUAGCCUUUCCUAGUUGAUCCAAUCUUCCAAUUUUAACACUUUAGGUCCCAUGACAGAUACUAAUCAUCAAAUUUUGGUUUUUUAAUGAGAUUAUAUUUAGAUACUUGCAAGCUUACUGACUGCAAGGUGAAAAUGCCACGUCAUUCUUAAAAUAAAUUUACCAACAGCAAAGAUUAAGCCACGUCGUCACCUUCCAAAGAAGAAGCCCACACUCCCAUUAAAUAUCAAUCCUUCGCUCCCCCUUCUUCCUUUUCCGUCUCUCUACCCUAACUCAGCCGACAUACUUUAAAAUCAAGACCCCGACAACCCGACCCGAUAAAUAUUCGGCUCCUAAAAGCUGCUCCAUACUCAGAAAAUUGUCAUCCUGUCUUGCUGAUCAAAUUUACUGCUUUUGAAGCUUCAAAAUGUCAACUGGCCCUGGGCUUGAGUCACUUGUGGAUCGUAUGCAGACAAUCUCAGUUAUUACAAAUGAUGGACGCAACAUAGUGGGAAUUUUAAAAGGCUUUGACCAGGCCACAAACAUCAUUCUUGAUGAAUCUCAUGAGCGUGUGUACUCCACUAAGGAAGGUGUUCAACAACUUGUGUUGGGUUUGUACAUAAUAAGAGGUGACAACAUAAGCGUUGUUGGUGAACUAGAUGAAGAGCUUGAUUCUGCUCUUGACUUGUCAAACCUGAGAGCACAUCCUCUGAAGCCUGUUAUCCAUUGAUUGAAAUAUGGAAAGUUGUAGAGUUGCUAUGGACAGCAUGUUGGAUUAAAUACCUGAUAAAACGUGGCAAAGAACAGAAAUAGAAAGACGAGAAACCUAAUGUGUAGUAAUUUUUCAAUGCAUUUCUAUGUCAUUUGGGUAGUUGUUUUCAAGCUCCA